ACAACCUUUAGAGGGAUCGCGCAACUUAUUAAGCCUUAUAUCAUCGCACUGCAGAUCAUAAUUAUCUGGUAACCAUAAUAUACGAUGGGCAGAAAACAAACCCGUCACAAUGACAUGGUAUUAGCUUUAGGCCAAUUGAUCGCUCCAGGAAUGGAUAGAUGGACUGAACUGCUUGACCUCUUCACAAAUAAUCCGUUAUCAAAAAGGGAAAUCAAAGAAACUGAUAGCAUGCAAACAUUAUUUGAAAAAUUGGUUGACUAUGAAGAAAUUAAAGUAGGUGAAUAUGGAAAAGUGAUAAAUCUACUGCAAUCAAAUGGAAAGAAGCAAUUCAAUGGCCUUGUGAGGACAAUGAAACAAUGCCAAAAUGACAUUGAAGUAAUGGAAGACGUGCCGAGUAAUCAGUUGACGUCUGAUUCUGAUAGCAACACGGGGACAACAAUGCAGAGCGAUAGGGGAUCAGUAUCUUCUGAAUUCACACCACAAAACGUAACUGCAGAUGGUCCUUCCAGCGACAAAUAUCCUACGUCAUAUCUCAAGCGCGAGACUCGUGGAAAAAGAGGAUUGAUGGUCAUAUUCAACUUCACUUUCAAAGGCAAAGAUUUGGAAAGACCACAGGCUCCUGUCGACAAAAAGUAUCUCCAAGAUUUUUUCGAAGCCGAACUGGGAUGGGACGUAGAGUACCACGAAGAUUGCGACGAAGCUGAAGUAAACACUCAUCUCAANCAGAGGCUCCUGUCGACGAAAAUGAUGAGUCACGGCGGUGAGGAGUAUUUCCUAACCAAGGAUGAAAAAGAAUUCAAAUACGCUGAUGUAUUUAGCGAGUUCACAAACGGAAAGAUACCCGAAUUUGCAGGUAGACCGAAAGUGUUCCUAAUGCAAAGUUGCAAGAAAAAGGAACUACAGAAUGACAUACGCAGUGACCAUAUACAUGACAAGUGCCCCAUCUUAGAUGAUUCUGAUGUCUUAGUGAUAUGGGCAACGACACCAG